GUUUACCACCAGCAAGAGCCGGCCAGGCUUGAUCUGGAUCAGCUGCUCCAAGAGUCCUCUGGCCAAGUGCACACGCGGGUCAAGGCGUCCAAUGAGGAGUUGCUGGUGCACAAGGUGGCUGUCCUAGAGGUGCAGCUGGCAGCCUUGGUGCAGGACAGACAAGGCCUUUCAUUGCAGCUGACACGGGCCAGGUCAGUGAACGAGAUCUUGGAAUACAGCCUGUCUGAGGCUCAGAGGCGCAUACCGCAGUUGGAGAUCACCAGGAGGCAGCUGGAAAUCCAACUUCAAACAGUCACGCAGGCCAACGAAGUGAUACAAGGGGAAGUGAAGUUCCUUAAAUGGAAGCUGGAAGAAGAGAGAUAUCUCAUGCAGGAGGAACGGAAAAACAUGGCACAGCAGCUCCUGCAGACAGAGCAGCAGUAUAACAAGACUCUCAAACUUCGGGAAACUGAUCAUGAAGUGGAAAGAAACAAGCUCCUGCAAAACCUGCAUGAACAAGACAGACUGCAAGCAGCGAAGGCAAAAGCUUUGCAGGAGACUCUCACUUACAUGACCACCAUCCUGUCAGAGAGGGAGGGAGAAAUGUGGUACCAGGAACAGACGAGAAUGCUGAAGAAGCAGAAAGAAAUGCAUGAAACUACUCCCAACCAGGUUAUUACCAACAUAACAGAUCAAAACCUUGAGUCACUACAAAAGCAAAACCAGGAAGCUGGAGAAGACAUGGAAAUGCUGUUAAAGACUGUCUGUGAGCAAGUGGAGCAGACCUUAGAAACCUUAAAAGAAAAGGACAGGCUCCUAGCCAUCCAAAAGCAACAAACAAGGAGCUAUGAGGAAAAAACAGAAGAACAGAUGAAUGUCUUGCGCAAAGACUUAGAGUACACUAAGGCAAUACUGAAAGAAAAGGAUUUCAUGAUUGAAUCUCAGAAGGAAGUGAUUGAGAACUUCCAAAACCAAGAACAAGACUCUGAACAGCAGAAGAAAAUUCUGCACCAACUUGAAGUGGCACUAAAAGAAAGAGAUCAAGAAAUUGUAUCCCUUAGAAAGCAAUGCGAGGCAUGCAGGGAAAAGGAGAAAAAGCAUGAAGCUGAUCAAAUGGAUCUUCAAGCAACAAAACAGACUCUGAAAGAGAGAGAAGAAAAGAUAAGGACGCUGGAGGAGGCUGUCUCUAAGCUCCAACAGCAAAAGGAGGAGGCAGCAGUGGUGACUGAAGCCAUACAGCAAAAACUAGAAUACAUAGAGUCUUCUCUAGGUGCCCGAGAUAAAGAGACAAUGUCUUUAAAAGGGCAUGUCCAGGACCUUCAAAAGCAGAAGGAAUCAGCAGGCAAACAGGCCAUGACUCUAGAGCAGGAUCUUGAGAAAAUGAGACAAAGAUGGAAUUUGGACUUCCUCAAGAAGACAGAGAAAAUUAAUAUGCUACGACUGCAUGCUGAAAGAAUGAAAGGAGCACUAACAUCAUGGCAGGAGCAAGUGGAUCCGCUUGAGGAAGUGGUGAAGAACAGAGAUGAAGACCAUGAAACUCUUAAGCAGAAACUCCAGCACCAUGAAGAACUGAGGACCUUGCAGGAACCUCAGACCAAGGCUGAAGGGGAACACAGAGAGUUAGAAGAGGAAGUAAGAGCUUUUCGGGAAGAUCUGCAUGUUCAGCAGACUCUGACAAGGAAGGAUGGAGAGAUGAAGUACCAGCAAGAUGGAGUCCAGUAUUUAGGGGUGACUCUGGCAGGGGUAGAACAACAGCUUAGGAGGCAGAGUGAGAUCCUGAAACACUUACUGGCUUUUCAGUGGAAAGGUGAAGGGGAGACUCUGAAGAAACCAAUCCAGAAACUCCAAAAAUGUGAGAAAGAGGAAGCAGAAGCAGAGAAGAGGAGAGUUCUCUGGGAGAGAGACCGUUCCUUGCAAAUGCAGAAGGAGCUAAUGGAACAACUACAGGAUGAGAGGAAAGCAAAGGGGAAAGAAUUGGAGCAUCUGACUUCUCUUUUGAAGCACACUGAAGGCAGAGAACUCAAAUGGAAAGAGAAGGCACAAGCCCUGACUCAUGUCCUUACCAAGAGUGAAAUGACCAACAGGAUUCUGAGGGAAGAAAUAGCCACCCUACAGAGUGCUGUUUCAGACAGGGACACAGACAGGUUUCAUCUCCAGGUGGAACAUGAACGGAGGAAACUGAUGAGGUUCCACUGUGAUCAGUCACUGCUAGGUUCAAGUGGAUCUUCCUUCUCCAAGUCUCACUGGCACAAGCUGCCUGCUUCUAGACAG